AUGGAGCUCUCCAUUAGCACGGUCCCAACACCCAAAAGCGUGUCGUUCUCGGCGCGGUGCAGUGUCGCAGGACCAGUCACCCAAAUGCCCAAACCGGCCAGGCUUGGCAAGAGGUGGAAGGAGUACCAAGGGGUUCAAAACUGGAAGGGCUUGCUUGACCCACUCGACGAUAACCUACGUAGUGAGAUAAUCCGUUACGGCAAGUUCGUCGAGGCCACUUAUAAAUCCUUCGACUUUGACACUUCUUCUCCUUCUUAUGCCACGUGUUGCUUCCCCAAACACUCUCUCUUCCACCACUGUGGCCUUCCCGAUACCGGUUACCGGCUCACCAAGAAUCUCCACGCUACGUCUGGAAUUCGGCUGCCACGUUGGAUUGAUAAGGCUCCUAAAUGGAUGUCAAACCGGACCAGCUGGAUUGGCUAUGUGGCGGUCUGCCAGGAUGAAGACCAGAUUACCCGGCUGGGCCGUCGUGACGUGGUGGUCGCCUACAGAGGUACCACCACGUGUCUGGAGUGGCUUGAGAAUCUACGGUCCACGUUGACACACCUCCCAGACACAACCAAUGUACUAGGCCUUGACUGUAGUGUUGAGCCCAAGUCCGAGCCCAAGCCCAUGGUGGGGAGAGGAUUCCUUAGCCUCUAUGUGUCCGGAACCGCAGAGUACCGUAGCUUACGGGACCAGGUGAGGGAAGAGAUUGGUCGUCUGAUCCAAUCCUACGGUGACGAGCCUCUCAGCGUGACCAUCACCGGACACAGCCUCGGUGCUGUGCUUGCGACCCUCACAGCUUAUGAUAUAACCACCACCUUCCGUCAUGCACCGUUGGUGACAGUCAUCUCUUUCGGAGCGCCACGUGUUGGUAAUCGUAGCUUCAGAUGCCACAUGGAAAAAUCUGGAAGCAAGAUACUACGUAUAGUAAACUCGCAAGACCCCGUCACAAAAGUCCCAGGCUUUGUCAUCGAUGAGGUGUCAAGCAGAGAUGCCAUCCAGGUGGCAGGAUUCCCAAGUUGGCUCCAGACACAAUGGGUUUAUGCUGACGUGGGAACGGAGCUCAGAGUCAGCAGCAGAGAUUCACCAUAUCUACGUGGACCCACCACCAAUGUUGCUACGUGUCACGAGCUGGAUACGUAUCUCCACUUGGUGAAUGGCUUCGUCAGCUCAAAGUGCCCGUUUCGGAAAACACAACAGCCACCGUUCACACAGGUAGUGGGGUAAAGGUCAAGGGUGCGCAUUG